UUUCUGUCCACACCAGGCUUCAGCUGCAGCCAGCAGAGCAGCAGGCAGGCAGGCAGGCAGGCAGGCUUCCGUGCCUUUUGUUCGCUAGCUUGGAACGCACCAAGACAAGCCAGAGCCGCGUCCAUGUAAUAGCACACUUUUUUGGAAAAUGAUCAUCUGUACGAAUAAAAUGGAGUACCCCCUGAGAACCCAGUGCCAGCGCGUCCAAAACCAGAUGAAGGUGAACAGUGAGAAGGAGCGCGUGUCGCUGCUGUUCAUGAAGGCUCUGGUCAGCAGGGGGAGCGUGGACGCUGUGUCCCAGCAGAUGGCCUCGCAUCCUCAGUACUUCGAGAGCUUCCUGCGGACACAGCACUACAUCCUGCACAUGGACGGCCCGUUGCCGCUGCCGUACAGACAUUACAUCGCCAUCAUGGCAGCAGCACGGCAUCACUGCAACUACCUGGUGUACCUACACUCGGCCCAGUUUUUGAGGAUGGGUGGGGACCCCCUGUGGUUGCAGGGUUUGGAGGCGGCACCCCCCCGCCUUCGCCUGCUUGACCACAUCAACAAGGUGCUGGCACACCAACCCUGGAUGACUGCCUGCUCACACAUCCAGACCCUGCUGAAAUCAGGCGAGCAGUGCUGGUCGCUGGCUGAACUGGUGCAGGCUGUGGUGAUCCUGGCCCACUGCCACUCCCUCUGUAGUUUUGUAUUUGGAUGCGAAUCAAACACCGACCUUGCUCCUCUUUCCAAAUCUCCUAACGGUACCCCACCGACCUUCUGCCCCUUUGAUGCUGCCAAUGGCAAUGCCAAUGUGCCUCAGUCGCUUGCCUCUCCCUCUGAACACAUAACACGACGGCGGUCUCUGGACUCCAGCUGUGACAUGGUAUGCCUCAAGGAGAGAAUCCAGAAGUCACAGGAGGAGCGUGAGAAGCGAGAGGAGCGGCUUCUACAGACACACACACUCCAGCAAACAGAUAUGGAAGAGGAGGAGGAGGACGUGAUAUGUUUCACAGACCCGUCGCGCUUUAUCACAGACCCUGACUUUAGCUAUCAGGAGUUUGCUCGUAGGGAGGAGGAGUUCCGAGUUCAGGACUAUUCAUGGGAGGACCACGGCUUCUCCUUAAUCAACAGAUUGUAUUCAGACAUUGGGCAUCUCUUGGACGAUCGAUUCAGGAGUGUGACCACCCUCCCCUCGUUGCACAGCCCCGACCUGAAGAGGGCUAUUUGGAAUUACAUCCAUUGUGUGUUAGGAAUACGCUAUGAUGAUUAUGAUUAUGGAGAAGUGAACCAGUUGCUGGAGCGGGAUCUGAAGCUGUACAUCAAGGCUGUGGCUUGUUUUCCUGAUGCCACCAAAACGUCAGUGUGUCCGCUGAGUUGGGCUCCACUAAAGACUUUAGAACGGAUACAUGUCAAUUUACUAGUCAUGGAGGCCCGGCUGCAGGCGGAGCUGCUGUAUGCCCUGAGAGCCAUCACUCAGUACAUGAUUGCCUAAGUAUUCGGAGAGGCACAAAGUCACAAUUCUCCCCCGGUACAGAGAGACCCAGAGACACGAGCAUAACAAGAUCUCAGCAAGUGGGAUGAGAGCGGCACUUUUAAGGACACAGAGCUCCAUCGUUUUUGUAGCUGUACCUCAUGAAUGUGCUUUUCCUCCCCUCGGAUUUAAUGUAUUUAAACCGUAGUGUGCCACAGCCCCCACUCCUUACCACUUUCUGCAGAUUCUCUUGUUGUGAAGUCAUCUUCUUGAACAUGUUGGCUCUCGAAGGUUAUGUGCAAUUAUUUCUAGAGUUUUAAAUUUUACAGGUGUCAGUCUGUGAUAAACUGCUUGGUUGUAGCAGUGUGUUACAGUGGCCAAUACUCUCCUAGUUUAAUCAGUCUCCUUUUGUAUUAACUCAGCUUUUCAAAAAAAAAAAACUUUUGUACAAGUUGAAUGAAUGUUGAUGGGAGACCUGGGCCUUUAGAUUAUUGUUAGUUUGUUUUCUGGACAAUCUAAUUCAGUGUUGGAAGGAAACGAUCAGGAGACUGUGAAGAACGACAGUUUAAUCUCCCUAACAUUUCGUAUUAAUGCUGGUCAAGAACAAGCACAACAGUGACACAGCUGGAAGUUAUCACAUCACUAUAGUUUCUUUUAAUAAGCACUUUUAAAAAAACUUUAUAUAUUUAUAAUGCAAGGUAGCUCAUUAUUAGACAAUAAGGCACACUUUGCGUGGGUCUGAAACGUUUCUUCUCCACUAUACAACGUUUAACAAACAUUUUUAAUGUUUCUCCUCUAACACUCAGACUUUGUUUUUGUGCUCAAACUCAUGAAGCCUCCUAAUCCAAAAUAUUUCAGUGGAUUAUUGAAAGGAUUUUGGCAUUGACGCCGUUAACGCAGGAGUCACACAAUUUGAAAGCUUGUAACUAACCUGAAGAGGUCAGUGAGCUGUUUCUGACAGUGAAUAUUAAGCUGAGCCCUUUUUGGAUGGGUUUUUUUUGUACUGACACGAUCAAAUCAGCGCGAGUCUCAGACCAAAGGUUGUUUGGUAAGAAAUUAGAAGAUGAAAAUGCCCUGAAGUAGCUCUGCACUGGUCAUGAGUUGAGUUUGGGCUUCGACUUUUGCUCAAAGCUUUUUAUUAAAGCUUUUUUUGUGCGCUGCAUCAAAGCUGAUUAUCAAGUUAAAGUCCACAGUACAAUUUUCAGAGGAGAGCAAUGUGCAAAUUAUUUGUUCAAACGCUUGUAUCUUUUGUCUGUGUUUAUUUUUACAUGUUUUUGUAAAUGUAGAGUAGUUUUUUUUCAUUUCUGGGUGUGACUGUAGGACCUGUUUGUUGUGCUGCAGCCUGGGUAGAUGUAGAGGUGUGACAGACUGUUUAGAGUUAUUAGGUGUAGACGUAGAAAUGCAACAGAAGUGCAUAUCAAUAAAAGCAAAAGCGCUGUUAACACAGGUGCCUUCAGGCUCGAAGUGGAGGGAUGGGACUACUGGAGGCUUUGUUUGCAUCUGGGGAAGUCCUCCACCUGACAGGUCCAAAGCUUGUGGCAUCUCCUGCGUGGAGGGGAACUGUUUAUUUGUGGUGUUGGUCAGCACCAUUUCCAAUGAAGUGUUUCCGAUCACACCUUCUACAAGCCAGAAUGAGCCUUUGAUGUGGAUGUUAAACAUAUUCAACUUAAGCAAAUAAUAAAAAUGGACAAUUAUUUAAAAAAAUGACAAUAAAACAGAAAACAAGUGAAAACACAAAAAAAUGUUUUUGAAAAUGUGAAGAAAUGUUUUCUAUAAAGAUGCUCUAUGAAAAUUA